GUGCAGGGUAGCGUUGUGAGCCUAGUUUACACUCGAGAUCGAGAUGCAGCGCUCGGGUUUGCGUUUGCUGGUGAUCCUCGGAUCCGUGCUAGCGAUCUGCUCCGGUACCUACGUACCAAUAUCGCAGGCAACAGUGGACGGAGUGUCGAUCAAGUAUGCGGACAAGGAGUUUCUCGUGAAGCAAAAGUUUUUCUUCGAAAUUCUGCGCCACCUCCAUCAACCGAUCGCUUUCGAAGAGUAUCUCCCGUACACCGACCGUUGGAUUACGGAUCCGAGCAAGUACGCGAACUACACCGAGGUGAGCGAGUUCAUGCGAUCGUACGAGCAGGGCCUGCUGAGAAAGGGACAGAUAUUCACCAUCUACAACUACUGGUACGCCAAACAAACGCUUCAGCUGUACCGGUUCCUCGACAAUGCGCUCGAUUGGGAUACGUACUACAAGAACGUCGUGUGGGCGCGUCAGAACCUCAACGAGGGCAUGUUUCUCAGCGCACUGACCCUGUCCGUGCUGCACCGUCCAGACCUGCAGGGCAUCAUUCUGCCGGCCAUCUACGAGAUCUACCCGCACCACUUCUUCGACGGGGACGUGUUUCACGAUGCGGCUAACCGGCGCGCCAUCGAUCCGAACUAUGGGUUCCACACGAACAAGCGGUACAACUUGGCCCAGUCAAACUACAGCUCCUCCUUCGCUACGCAGUUUUACGGCGAAGGUUCCCUGUCGUACUUUACCGAAGAUGUGGGCCUAAACUCCUACUACUACUACUUCAUGAUGGAUUAUGCACCAUUCCUGGGUGGUGAUAAGCUCGGCCUAAAGAACGAUCGCCGAGGUGAGCUGUAUCUGUACAUGCAUCAGCAGCUUCUCGCUCGCUACUAUCUCGAGCGUAGCUCCAACGGGUUGGGACCGAUACAGGAGCUUACCUGGGAAUCGCCGAUCGCAACCGGGUACUACUCGAUGCUACGCUACUGGAACGGUGUUCCGUUUCGUUCGCGCGAAGCCAACUUCCUGUGGCGGCCGUACGAUCCGAUUAAGCUGGGCGGAUUGAAGGCGCACGAGGAGCGCGUACGACAGGCGAUCGAUCUGGGGUACGUGGUGACGCGCGAUGGGCAGCGGAUUAGCUUGCGCACACCGGAAGCCAUCGAUGUUGUGGGAAAUCUCGUGAGCGGGUCGGUCGAUAGUGUGAACGGGGACUACUACAAGAUGAUCGAAACGACGGCCCGGAUGAUACUGGCUCAGGGAGACUAUUACGGGUCGGCCAGCGAAGUGUGGCCGGGUGUGCUGAUGCACUACGAAACAUCGAUGCGUGAUCCCGUGUUCUAUCAGUUCUACCAGCGGCUACUGGGUUUCUACUGGGACUUUAAGAGCUAUCUGGCGCCGUACACCGCCGAGGAGCUAACGUUUGCGGGUGUUGAAAUUAAGGGCGUUUCGGUGGAGAAGCUGGUCACGUACAUGGAACCGUUCGAUGUGGACAUUAGCAGUGGGCUCGGGUUCAACUAUGGCGCCGAGCAGUCGACCUGGAAUUUUAGCGUCUAUGCACGCAAACAACGCCUGAACCACAAACCGUUCAGCUACGUGCUGAACAUCAGCUCCCAAGUUGCCGGCAAGGCAGUGGUUCGCAUGUACAUGGGCCCCAAGAUGUACCAGCUUAGCCAGCUGCAGUACAUGAAGAAGUUUUUCGUCGAAAUGGAUCAGUACACGGUUGAGCUGACCGUGGGCGACAAUCAGAUAAGGCGCAACACGCGCCAGUUCUACUACGACAUUCGCGACAGGACGACGUACACCGAGCUGUACAAGCGUAUCAUGAAGGCGUACCGGGGUGAGGAGCGGUUCGUGCUCGACAUGUCCGAAGUACACUGUGGUUGGCCCGAUCGUCUGCUGCUGCCCAAGGGCCACCCGAACGGGCUGCCGCUAAGUUUCUUCUUCAUCGUGACGCCCUUCUAUCCGCCCAAGAUGGCACAGUUUUCCAGCUUUGACGCAACGUACACGUGCGGUACGGGUUCGGGCUCGAAGUACAUCGACGCACUGCCGUUCGGGUUUCCGUUCGAUCGGGAGAUUAACUUUAGCAACUUCGCUACGAAAAAUAUGAUCUUUAGCGAUGUGCUGGUGUACCAUGUGGAUGGGAAUCAAACGAACGAAUCGCACUAAGGUUAUGAAUGCCAGGAUAUGCCUUU